CAUAUCGAAAUAAAGUUUCUAUCUAUCGAGAUUGGUCUGAGACAUGAGGAUUAGUUUUGUUUUAAUAACCAUAUUUGGUGCUAAUUCUGUGCUUGGAUCUGGAUCAUUUUGGCAAAAAUGGUGGACAUAUGAAGGAGUUUCUGGAGCAGAAAACUGGGGCAAAACAAUAGACGAAUGGCUGAUAUGUUCCAAUGGAAAAUUCCAGUCUCCAAUAGAUAUUAACACAAGUCAUUUAUUGUAUGAUCCUAAUCUGGAUCCGUUUUAUAUUAUUCCCAGAAAAGUAUCUGGCAAUAUAACGAACACUGGACGUGGGAUUACUGUUGAUGUUGAGGAUGGUCCUAUUGUUUUCUCAGGACCCUUGAAAUAUAGACACAAAAUAGCACAGCUAAAAGUCCAUUUUGGUCGUAAUCACAGUAAAGGCUCAGAGCAUUCCAUUGAUGGGAGAAGUUUUCCAGCAGAGAUACAUUUGAUAACAUAUAAUGUUGAUCUCUAUCAUAACUUGUCACAAGCUUUAGAUUCAUUCCAGGGAGUUGCUAUCAUCGCUAUUUUCUGCAAGUAUGGUGUUCCAAGUAAUGAGGCUUUUCAACUUAUGUCAAAAUAUACAGAGAUUGUAAGACUAAAAGGUCAAAGGAAAACAAUAUCCGGAAUACCAUUAGAGAUUUUAUUUCCAAAUACUGACCAGUAUGUGACAUACCAUGGAUCACUGACAACACCCGGAUGUUCAGAAUCUGUCACAUGGAUUGUCCUAAACCGUCCAAUCAACGUCAAACAAGAACAUCUUGACAGAUUCCGCCACCUGAGUAAGGGAAUAUUGGGUGGUCCAGAGGCAUACUUAGAACAUAAUGUAAGGCCAGCUAUGCCUUCUUAUGACAGGCUUAUUAAAACCAAUAUAAACUUCUAUCAAAAGACGAGACAAUGUAACAUGAAGAUUAAUACGCGGUAUGGAAUGGGGCUUCUUUACUCUGUAUGGAAAAGAUGUGGAACAUGGCAAAUUCCGUAGUCCAAAUGAUGUAGACAGUAGAUUUGUAGUCUAUUGUGUCAUCAAAUCAGGGAAAUUUCGGAUUCCAGAAAAUCUCAUCAUAGAAUCUAUUGAUGAACAUGAGUUAUGUGCGAAUGUUGCUUAUCAGACUGAUGUAGGGGAGGAGUAUAUUAUCGGACUAACACCUCAACUCAGUGGGUUUAUGAAAUAUUCAAAUGUGUACCCAUUGCAUUCGUCAGCUUUUCAACCUACUGUUGAAAACCUUCAAAUUUUAAAAGGCAUAUGUGAACUACAGCAUUGGAGUGAUCCAGAGACCACAAGUAGGGGUAAAUGUCCAAAUCUGCGGUCAAAAGACGAUGAAUGUAAAAGUUUAACCCCACCACCGCCAACCAAGACACCACCACCUCCUGACAGAAAUUGGUUUGACCUGAUUUUGGAUGCUUUUAGCAGAGGAACAAAUACAAAAGUGGACUAUUUAAACACUAUAAUUUUGUUAUCCAUCAGUUUGAUGUAUAUAUUAUUAAAAUAAAAGAUCUAUGUUGUU